UUGAGCAACAGCAGAGCUGCACACGAGGCGAAUCUCUCCAUUUCUCUCAAAAGAAACAUUCAACUGAAUCCAGCAGCUUUUUCUCAACAACAGCAGAAUCUCUGCAAACACUGAGUGCCAACAUGUCUGCUGCCAGCAGUCUGCUGACUGACGAUCAGAUUCUGUGCUCCAUCUCUCUGGAUGUGUUCACUGAUCCAGUCACCAUACCAUGUGGACACAACUUCUGUAAAGCCUGCAUCACUGAUCACUGGGAUAUUGAUGCUCCCUAUCAGUGUCCCAACUGUAGAAAAGGUUUCAACACGAAACCUGAGCUGCAGGUCAACACUUUGAUCUCUGAGAUGGCUGCUAAGUUCAGACGGUCAACUCAACCGAUACCAGAAGAAGUUCCCCGUGACGUCUACUCAGGAUCCAAACUGAAGACCUGGAUGUUCUGGUGUGUCCUGCUGUGUCUGAUGGCCUGGAUGCUCAUCGAGACGAUCAAGAAGACAGAGAAACUGGCUGAAGACUUCAGAGAGCUGAAACAGGAAAUCUCUGAGCUGAAGAAGAGAAGCACUGAGGUGGAGCAGCGCUGUGUGGCUGAGCAGGAGAAACUCAGGAAAGAGAAGAACCUGCUCAUCGAGACGAUCAAAGAGAAAGAGAAAGCGGAGAAACAGGCUGAAGGCUUCAUCAAAUAUCUGAAACAGGAAAUCUCUGAGCUGAAGAGGAGAAACACUGAGGUGGAGCAGCUCUAUGUGGCUGAGCAGGAGAAACUCAGGAAAGAGAAGAACCUGCUCAUCGAGACAAUCAAAGAGAAAGAAAAAAAGGAGAAACAGGCUGAAGGCUUCAUCAAAGAUCUGAAACAGGAAAUCUCUGAGCUGAAGAGGAGAAACACUGAGGUGGAGCAGCUCUAUGUGGCUGAGCAGGAGAAACUCAGGAAAGAGAAGAACCUGCUCAUCGAGACGAUCAAAGAGAAAGAGAAAGCGGAGAAACAGGCUGAAGGCUUCAUCAAAUAUCUGAAACAGGAAAUCUCUGAGCUGAAGAAGAAAACUGAGAUGGACCAGUUCCUCAGUUUUUUUAAAUUUCUAUUAAGCGCUUUAUUUAUUUAUUUAUUUCCAAAAUAUUUUGUUUCCAAAAACAUCACUCCUCAAAGCCACUGAGUCUAAGCCAGACUGGAAUCAGCUGUGGUUGGCCCACUUUACCCAACAUGAAUCAGCUCUGUGUCAAUUUUUCAAUUGUUUUUUAUUUUCAGCUGAGAUAUAUUGUUUUUGAACUAAUAUCAUUGCAGGAGCAGAUACUGUACAGAUAAUGUAUCUAAGGUUUGGAUAAUUGUUUUUGCUAUUGUGGGAUGUUGUGUGUUAACAUUCAAAAAUACUACACAAACAAUCCAUCAUUUUGUUGGGAGAUAUUGCUUGUCUGUUAAGAAAAUGUAAGCGUUGUGGAAAUGUGUUCACUGACUGCAUAUUGUGUGAAAAAGACAUGAAAUAUGUGAAUUGUAUGGCCAAAAAUGACUGAUGCUGUGCUAAUUGUGUUUAGAGUUUUGAAAAUGUGACUGUUUGGACAAAUACUUGUUAGCGACUGAAAAAAUCAUGUUUGUUUGGUUGCAUGCUGGAUUUGUAUUGUCUUUGUUUUUCUUAUUAUU